AGGGACGACGGAAGCGGAAGCGGAAGCGGCGCCGCGGUGGGGGCCGCGGGAAGAAUCUGUCGAGUUUCUCCCUCCCUCUCCACCACUACAACAAACCGAGGGCGGGCGUAGGUGCCUUGGACUCAAAAGACCAAGAGGGCUAUUUGCUCUUUAAUCCUGGAGGCGCCGCAGCGAUGGGUCCGCGGAAGAAAAGCGUUAAACCGUGUCCCGUGAACGCCGAGCUCCCCGAGGAGGCGACGCCAGAUCAAACAAAGGACUACAUGAACCAGCUCUCGCACGAGGUGCUCUGCCAUAUCUUCAGGUACCUCCCUCUGCAGGAUAUCAUGUGUAUGGAAUGCCUUUCCCGAAAGCUAAAGGAAGCGGUGACCCUGUAUCUGCGAGUCGUGAGGGUUGUGGAUCUCUGCGCGGGGCGAUGGUGGGAGUACAUGCCCGGCGGCUUUACAGAUUCCAGUUUCCUGACACUACUGAAGAAGAUGCCAGAUGUUGAACAGCUGUAUGGCCUUCACCCCAGAUACCUCGAGCGGCGAAGGGUACGGGGCCACGAGGCCUUCAGCAUUCCAGGGGUUCUGGAAGCUCUGCAGGCGUGCCCUAACUUAGUGGGAGUGGAAACGUCUCACUUGGAAUUGGUAGAAUCCAUUUGGACAUACAUGCCGCAUGUUCAUAUUUUGGGGAAAUUUCGUAAUCGUAAUGGAGCAUUUCCCAUUCCUCCUGAAAAUAAACUGAAAAUUCCUAUAGGAGCCAAAAUUCAGACUUUGCAUUUAGUUGGAGUGAAUGUUCCUGAAAUUCCUUGUAUCCCAAUGCUAAGGCACCUUUACAUGAAGUGGGUAAGGCUCACUAAACCACAGCCGUUCAAAGAUUUUCUUUGCAUCAGCCUACGAACUUUCGUCAUGAGGAACUGUGCAGGACCCACGAACUCCUUGAAAUACGUGCCUUUGGUAACAGGCUUGGCCUCCGCCCGCAGCCUGGAGCACUUGGAGAUGGUCCGCGUCCCUUUCCUCGGAGGCCUCAUCCAGCACGUGGUUGAGGACAGCUGGAGAUCGGGUGGUUUUAGGAAUUUGCACACUAUUGUUCUGGGAGCCUGCAAAAACGCCCUUGAAGUAGACCUCGGGUACCUCAUCAUCACUGCCGCCCGUAGGUUGCAUGAAGUCCGGAUCCAGCCUUCGCUGACCAAAGACGGCGUCUUUUCGGCCCUGAAGAUGGCAGAGUUGGAGUUCCCCCAGUUUGAAACCCUUCAUCUGGGAUAUGUGGAUGAGUUCUUGCUGCAGAGCAGAAUGGCAAAUGCAGAUCUGGUGAAGUAUGGCUUGGCUGAUGUGGUGGAAAACCCUGGCAUCAUCACUGACAUAGGGAUGAAGGCAGUCAAUGAAGUGUUUUCCUGUAUCAAGUAUCUAGCCAUUUACAAUUGCCCGCAUCUGCACAACCCCUACAACUGGCUCUCAGACCACUCAAGGUGGACUCGACUGGUGGAUAUCAACUUGGUGCGCUGCCACGCUUUGAAGCUGGACUCCUUUGGCCAGUUUAUUGAGUUGCUGCCCAGCCUGGAGUUUAUUUCCCUGGACCAGAUGUUUCGAGAACCACCCAAAGGCUGUGCUCGGGUGGGGCUGAGCGCAGGCACAGGAAUCGGGGUUUCCUCGGCCCUUGUCAGCAACCAGAACUCCAACAACGACAACGAGAACAACGCCCAGAACAACGCCAACCUCCACGACAACAAUGCCCAUCACCCGGACGACUCGGACGAGGACAACGACUUCCGGCACGACCUGCAGCCGGGAGAGCAGCAGUUUGCAGCCGACGCUCUGAACGAGAUGGAAGACAUGGUGCACGAGGAUGGAGACGUGGCCGGGAGUGGGCCUGAGACGCCAGCUCACAGUCAGGCAGUGAUCCCUGUGGACGCGGAUGAGGAGCAAGCAGGGCCGAGCGGUCUGCAGCGCGUGGUGAAACCCACCCCAAUUACUGUGCAUGACUCGGAGAGUGACGACGAGGAGGACAGCCUGGAGCUCCAGGAGGUGUGGGUCCCCAAGAGCGGCGCCCGGCGCGCCUCCGAGCGCGAAGAGAAGGGCGGACAGUCGGCGCCGCCGCCGCCGCCGCCGCCACCGCCGCGGGACCUGCCAGUGAGUGGAAAAGGCAAGACGCCACUUCGAAAGAGGUACACCUCCCAUCAGACGGGCCCAUCGAAGCAGUUUCCCCUCGAGGAAAGCAGCUGCGAGAAGGGCUGUCAGGUCACCAGCGAGCAGAUCAAAGCCGAUAUGAAAGCAGCCAGGGAUCUUCCUGAAAAGAAAAAAAGCAAGGAUGUUUACCCCAGCUGCAGCAGCGCCUCCGCCGGCACAGUGGGAAACUCCAGCUCACGCAGCCCCGCGUCCCAAAGCCCCGGCUUGGCGAGGACGGUGAACAGCAGCGGCUCGGCCGAGCCGGGCCCUCCCGACGUGGACGCGUCCGGGCCGUGUGUCUGCUCCCCCGGCGGGUCAGAGGACUCGGAGGCCAUGGAGGAGGGAGACGCAGAGAGUUCCGUCUGCCCCCGAUGCUGCUGCCACAGGCCCCCGGAGCCCCAGAGGAGAACUAGCAGGUGUUCUGACGAGGAACGUCCUUCCACCAGCCGAGCCUGCGUUGUGAGUGGCCCGGAUGGUCCGAGAUCCGCCUUUGCCUUUCGGACUCUGCCACCAGGGGGGUCUGCAGGCCCAGCACACGCCCAGCGGACGAAUGGGCUUGGCCCCGGGGCUGCAGGUGAGGACGGGCGGGGGCGCCCCCAGCCCGAGAGCGGGGCCGCGCAGGCGCCUGACCUCUACCCUCGGAGGCCCCUGACCCGGGCCAGGAGCAGACUGUCGCACGUGCCGCUGGUGUCUGAGUCAGAGGUUGCCCACACAAAGCCACGCCACGCCGUGAAGCGGAAGCGGACGGCAGAUAAGUCCACCAGUACCAGUGACCCUGUGAUCGAGGACGACCACGUGCAGGUCCUCAUAUUAAAAUCCAAAAACCUCGUCGGAGUCACCAUGACCAACUGCGGCAUCACCGAUCUCGUGCUCAAAGACUGUCCCAAGAUGGUCUUCAUCCACGCCACCAGGUGCAGGGUCCUGAAACAUUUGAAAGUGGAAAACGCACCGAUCGUAAACCGAUUUGACUACGCACAAUGCAAGAAACUGAAUAUGGAUCAGGUGCUGGACCAGAUCCUGAGGAUGCCCCCGGAGAGAAACCGCAUCAUAUACCUUCGCCCCAUGCAGCAGGUGGACACUCUGACACUGGAGCAGAAGCUAUUUAGUGGCCCCUACCCCUAUCACAUAUGUAUCAUCCAUGAAUUCAGCAACCCUCCCAACGUCCGGAACAAGGUUCGGAUUCGCAGCUGGAUGGACACGAUAGCAAACAUCAACCAAGAGCUUAUUAAGUAUGAAUUUUUCCCUGAGGCCACGCGCAGUGAAGAUGACUUAAAGAAGUACCCCAAGUACCCCUGGGGUAGAGAAAUCUAUACUCUAGAAGGUGUCGUGGACGGAGCGCCCUAUUCCAUGAUCUCCGACUUCCCUUGGCUGAGGUCUCUGCGCGCAGCCGAACCCAACAGUUUCGCCCGAUACGACUUUGAGGAUGACGAAGAAAGUACCAUCUACGCGCCUCGAAGGAAAGGGCAGCUGUCUGCAGACAUCUGCAUGGAAACAAUAGGCGAGGAGAUUUCAGAGAUGCGCCAGAUGAAGAAGGGCGUGUUCCAGCGCGUGGUGGCCGUUUUCAUCCACUACUGCGAUGUCAACGGCGAGCCCGUGGAAGACGACUACAUUUAGCUGGCCCGCCCUCUUUCCCGCCCUCUGCCCCUGAGCCCCGGGGCCGGCCAGCUGCCAGGCAGCUCCGCAGAGGCCUGGGGCGUGCAGCCGGGAGGCCCUGGCUCGGCGAGGCCUGUAGGAAAUGGGUGCCGAGCAUCGAAUUUGUGUACGAGGUGUGUACACAGAGGAACAAUACAAAGAGCCUUGCUGAGAACCCACUGGAUAGCCUGUGUUUAUGCAGUUUAAUUUAAGAAGUCAUUUAAACGAAGGCAGAUAAUUGGAAAGAGUUCAUUUUGUCCGUUUUGUUCCAGACUUAGUUCAUCAAGGGUCACUUUUUGGCUGAGCCUCCAUUUACUGCAGUCUUAACAUCCCUGCCAGUCAUCCCUUAAAUCUGUGCCUUUUCUCCAGCAGAGCCGUCCGUCCGUCCGAGUGAACCUGUUGAAGCGUCUUUGUGUCUUGUGCUGCUUUCGUUAUUAUUAAAACACCAACUAGACCCUGUA